AAGGCUUCUUUAUGGGUUAGCUUGCUAGAUAAAGAAAGAAAAAAAUAAACUAUUAUAACUUCAUUCAUUCAUUAUCUUCCUUUUCUUUUUCCUUUCAUCAACAUCAUCACCAACUAAAUUUUGAUACAAGCCUUGAAAGAAGAACACAUAGUUUAAGCUUACACAAAUUUUUGUCUGAUCAUAUUAGUUGGAUAAAUCUAACAUUAUUAGUUAAUAUCUGAAGAGAAUCAUCAGCAAGAUGUUCUUAUUAUUAGUUUCUGCAAAUUCCUGAUUAGAUUUUGGUAUAUAGUCUGCUAACUUGAGUUGAAGAGUUAACAGAAGAAGGUCCUAAUUUGGGAUAUACGCGAAUUUGUAUUUAAAGCUGAUGGCUUCCGCAAGUGUCGUGCCAUCUUCCGGAAUUAGACAACCCAGUGGAAAUACUGGUGCUGUUGACAAAUUGCCUGAGGAAAUGAAUGAAAUGAAAAUACGAGAUGAGAAGGAAAUGGAAGCUACUGUGGUUGAUGGAAAUGGGACUGAAACAGGGCAUAUAAUUGUGACAACCAUUGGUGGCCGAAAUGGUCAGCCGAAGCAAACAAUAAGCUACAUGGCCGAGCGAGUGGUUGGACAUGGAUCUUUUGGAAUAGUCUUUCAGGCCAAAUGCUUAGAAACAGGUGAAGCUGUGGCAAUAAAGAAGGUUUUACAAGAUAAGAGAUACAAAAACCGGGAGCUGCAGACAAUGCGUCUUUUAGACCACCCUAAUGUCGUGGCCCUGAAGCAUUGUUUCUUUUCAACAACAGAAAAGGAUGAGCUGUAUCUAAAUUUGGUCCUUGAGUAUGUACCAGAGACGGUUCACCGCGUGAUCAAACACUACAACAAAAUGAACCAACGGAUGCCACUAAUUUAUGUCAAACUUUAUACUUAUCAGAUAUGCCGAGCGUUGGCUUACAUUCACGGUAGCAUUGGCGUGUGCCAUAGAGACAUCAAGCCCCAAAAUUUAUUGGUCAACCCGCACACACAUCAACUUAAGAUAUGCGACUUUGGAAGUGCCAAAGUUUUGGUUAAAGGUGAGCCAAACAUAUCAUAUAUCUGCUCAAGGUACUACAGAGCACCUGAGCUUAUAUUUGGAGCCACUGAGUACACUACAGCAAUUGACAUAUGGUCUGCCGGUUGUGUUCUGGCUGAGCUCCUACUUGGACAGCCAAUCUUUCCCGGUGAGAGUGGCGUUGACCAGCUUGUUGAAAUCAUCAAGGUUUUGGGUACCCCAACAAGAGAAGAAAUUAAAUGCAUGAACCCCAACUACACUGAGUUCAAAUUUCCACAAAUCAAAGCUCACCCUUGGCACAAGAUAUUCCACAAGCGCAUGCCAGCUGAAGCCGUUGAUCUUGUCUCAAGACUUCUGCAAUACUCACCAAAUUUACGAUGCACUGCUCUGGAAGCACUAAUCCAUCCUUUCUUUGAUGAGCUUCGGGACCCAAAUGCACGGUUGCCAAACGGGCGAUUCCUUCCCCCUCUUUUCAACUUCAAGCCUCAUGAAUUGAAGGGGGUGCCGACUGAAGUUUUAUUGAAGUUAAUUCCGGAGGACGCAAGAAAGCAAUGUACUCUUGUUGGGCUUUAAGUCUUUUUGUCAGCCUCAUUUGUUGUAUAUGUAUGUCUGAAAGGAGGAUGUCAUUGUUAUAGUAAAUCAAUUUUCUAGGAAUGUCCCAGAUGAGAAAUGUGGAGAUUUUAAGUAGAAAUACAGAUCCCAAGUAAAGUUUCCCAACUAAGAUGUCAUUAUUAUAUUAACCAUGAUGUCAGUAUUAUUGUCUAACUUGAGUUUAUUAUCUUAUACUACUGGGUGUAGCUCCUAUUUUUGCUCUUA